GGUAGUUACCGCUGUCUAAACUGCUGUUUUGACGAACAACAAAAAUUUAGUCGUAACUGAACGUCAAUUUAGAAUGGGUGGCGGAGAUUUAAAUUUGAAAAAGAGUUGGCACCCGCAAACACUUCGAAAUGUCGAACGUGUAUGGAAAGCUGAACAGAAAGCUGAGGCGGAGAGCAAAAAGAUCGAGCAACUUCGCCGUGAAUUAUUGGAGGAAAAGGCUCGAGAAGAGAUGCAGAGACAUGCAGUACAACAGGGGAUAUCAAAGUAAAAAAAAAUCUGAGCGCCUAGACUGGAUGUACUCUGCUCCAGGACAGAUCAACAGAGAAGAAUAUCUCCUAGGAAAACCCAUUGAUAAACAAGUGGACCCCUUGGCUAAGGAAGAUGAGGGCCUUGGCUCUCUCCCCGGGGCUUCUUUCACUGGUGACUCCAGUGCUAACAAUGCAUCAGACCUCGCAGCUAAAGUGAGAGAUGAUCCCUUGUUCAUGAUCAAGAAAAAGGAAGAUGAAAAGAAAAAAGAGCUCCUCCAGAACCCUGUAAAAAUGAAGCAACUCAAAGAAAUGCUAGAAGCAAAUGUAGGAAAAUCCAAAAAGAAGAAAGGAAAAAAGGACAAGAAGAAGAAAAAGGAAAAAAGAGGGGGGCCAAGUAGACACAAUAAUGCCUCUGAGGACAGUUUCGAUUCUGGUGAGGAGGAAAAAAGAAAUAAGAACAGUGCAAGAAAGAUGUCACCCAUAAAUGGACACAAGAGUUCUAGAAAAAGUCGCCAUAAAUCAGACAAAAAGGAGAGGGCUUCUCGGAAAAGGAGACAUUCCAGGUCUGAGUCUCCACCAGUCAGACAUCCAUCAGGAUCACAAAGUGGGGACAGACAAAGAGAAAGAAGAUUGCACAAACACUCAUCUCCAUCCAUCUCACCAUCCCCUCCAAGAAGACAAAAAUAUUCGAAUGGACAGUCAGACAGAAAAGGCAAACACAGACACAGGGAUUCCUCUUCACCCUCACCACCAAGACACAGGUCAAGAUCGCCAUUUAGGAAUGGAAACAAAAGAAAGGGUUUUCCUACCCAUCGAAACAAACAACGAUCUCGGUCAGUUUCCCCUGUACAAUCAGGACAAGCAUCACAAGUAAUGAAGAGACGUGUCCCAUCUCCAAGGGCGGAUCGGCGCCAGAGAGGAUCCGCAAUGACGAAAAAAAUGGAUCCUGAAGAGCUUGAAAGACGUCGACAAGAGAUGCUAUCAAACGCCCAGUGGCGAAACGAACAGAGGGUGGAGAACGUGACCAAGUACAAGGAAGAAGCAAAGAAAGAGGCCGAGGCAGAGGGGAAGAAUUCUAAGAAAAGUGCAGACUUUUUGAGUUCCAUGAAAGUUCAGUCUUUCUCGUCCCAGUCUACCGCUUCAGUCUCCGACAGAAUCAAAAGAAAUAUCAACUCCGUUCAGCGUACAGCUCACGCUCUUGACACCUUCCUCAAGAAGUGAGAUUAUUUGCAUCAAGUGAACUUAUAUCACCUGCACCCAUUAUACAAGCGCACGUCAAGUGUCCAAUUGGCCCCCCACGAACCUGCUAGCCUGCUAGCUAGGUUCUCCGGUCUGUUUAUGUACCCGCGUGGGAGCUGGUCAUGAAGGCCUUAGACAAACCCUGAUAUCUCUAUCGCGCAUGCGUUCCAUUGUCCGAUCGCUGCUGGAUGGGACUAGGUACAACAGAUCCUCGCGUUGAGGGGCAGGGCAUCAGGGACCAGAUAUGACCCCACAACGAACUAGGGCAUCAGAGAAAUAGGAGCAAAAUAUAUGCCCCCUUAUAAAAACAACUAUGAUAUGUUUCCAUAGGGAGUCAGGGAAAUAGGAACAACAAAUAUGAUCCCCGUGUUGAGAGGCAUGGUAUCAGAGGCCAUCAACAACAGAUGUGAUCCCAUAAGAACUAAGAUAAUAUGAUGCCAUCGGGAGUCAGGGGGUCAGGGAAACAGGAACAAUAUAGAUAUGAUCCCCACGUCGAGGACGUCAGGGACCUUAGAACAAUGGAUAUGAUCCUCGCGUCGAAAAUACUGACUGGAAGGAGAGACAGUAGAAAUCAGCGCGAAGACAUACGCGGAAAUGAAAUGAAUUGAACGGAACGGUUCCUUUUCUUCCUCCUCGGUCUUCUCGCUGUUUGAUUAUCAAACGCUUGUAAGCUUGCACGUCUUACCACUUUCUCUGUCUUGAUUCCUUUGCUUUAUAACUGGCUUGAGUAACGUCGAAAUUUGAGAGGGCCCUAGGGGAUUAAACUGUUGUUUCAUAGAAGAGUUAAGAUCCUGGAAUGAGAUCGUCCGUCGUGAGGCUGUCAAAAAACAAGGAACACAAUUGUAUAUACGGUACAGCUGUAAAUAAUAGAGUUUUAGAAAAAAAAACUUAUUUUAUUCCCGUUGUAUUUUCGUACAAAGAGUAUAAGAUUGAGAAUUUGGACCAUAAAGAGCCGAACCAGGAGUAUAAUAUUUAUUUAUUAACAGGACGUGAUGAGUUUAUGGUAUCACCUUAGGUCUAUUAUCUAUGUAUUAUGUAUUAUCUUUUUAUUAUGUAUAUCUUUUUAUACUUUUCGUAUAUUUACAUAGUGUAUAAUAUUUUGUAAAUGGAACUAUAUGAACUGAUAUGAACUCAUAUGAACUUACUUGUAUCAUUAAGAGUGAUAAAUCUGUUAAUGAUUUUAUUAUAUAAAAUUGGUGUAAUAUUCAUUAAGCGGUCAACUCCUAUUUAGCCACUUUUCAAAAUUAAAAAUAUUGCUUUUCGCUACCUAAAA